CAAGCAGAGAAGUCCCCGCCCCCUCCGACAGCCGGUGCGUCGCCACGGCACCUCAGACUGGCAUGUGUAGCUGUCCCGGCCAUUUUGGACAAGGGCGGGAAGGCGCAGCGACCCGGCGAACCAGGGCUGGCGUCACAAUGGGCACGACUGCGUGGAAGGAGAGUUCGAGAGGCCGCGUUGCCGCCAUUUUUCCUAAGUUCUGAUUAUGUACCCUCUGCCCUCCUGUCUCAGUUGUGAUCCACUCCAGUGGGCCCUCGAGAGGCCAGUCUGCCCUCUUGUAUCUGUGAUGCCCGCCCUCCAACCCCUGGGCCCGGGGUGGGGGCGAUCGUGAGCGCGGGGCGCCGCGGGUGACCAGACCCGAUAGGAGAGGCGGCUGUCCUGUCGCCGGCGCCGGUGGUUCCCAUGGCGCCGCCUUUGGCUCCGCUCCCGGCGCGGGCCCCGAACCAGGCAGGGGCCAAGUGCCGGGAGCCCUGGGCUGUAACCUUCGCGGACGUGGCCGUGUACUUCUCCUCGGAGGAGUGGAAGUGUCUGUGCCCCGCGCAGAGAGCCCUGUACCGGGACGUGAUGCUCGAGACCUACGGCCUCCUGAGCGCGCUCGGAGGCGGAGGCACCAAGCCAGCGCUGAUCUCCUGGGUGGAGGGAGAGGCCGAACUGUGGGAUCCAGAUGCCCGGGAUCCAGAGGUGGUGGCCGAGUGGCCAGCAGAAGCAGACACAGCAGAUUCUAGAAACGAGGAGGAGAAAAAAGAAAGGGAAGUGGCUGAAGCACUGGAGAAGAUAUUUCCUACGGACUCUCGGCCCCCUGGACUGAAGGUCCCCCAGUCCUCCUCUGCUGGCCUUCUCUACAGCUUGCAGCGGCCCUCCAAGGCACAUCACCGGGGGCGCCCUCCGCUCCGAGCGCACCCUUCUGUCCCGAGAGCAGACCAGCGUCACGGCUGCUAUGUGUGUGGAAAGAGCUUUGCCUGGCGCUCCACGCUGGUGGAGCAUCUCUACACGCACACAGGCGAGAAGCCUUUCCAGUGCCCUGACUGCGGCAAGGGCUUGGGCCGGGCCUCGUCUCUGAGCAAGCAUCGGGCCAUCCACCGAGGGGAACGGCCCCACCGCUGCCCGGAUUGCGGUCGGGCUUUCACGCAGCGCUCGGCUCUCACCACCCACCUUCGGGUCCACACGGGCGAGAAACCCUACUGCUGUGCUGACUGUGGCCGCUGCUUCCGCCAGAGCUCCGCCCUGCACCAGCACCAGCGGGUGCACAGUGGCAAGACCCCUUUCCCCUGUGCAGACUGUGGCCGCGCCUUCGCCCAUUCCUCAGACCUGCGGCGCCACGUCCGUACCCACACAGGCGAGAAACCCUACCCGUGCCCGGACUGCGGGCGCUGCUUCCGGCAGAGCUCAGAAAUGGUAGUCCACAGGCGUACCCACAGCGGCGAGCGCCCCUACCCCUGUCCUCAGUGCGGCAGGUGUUUCAGCCAGAAGUCAGCCAUGGCCAAGCACCAGUGGGUCCAUCGGCCGAGAGUCGGGGGCUGCAGGGGCCGGGGAAGCAGCGGGUUGCCUAUGUCCCUGGCCCCUGGCCCGGGGGACCUAGACCCACCUGUGGGCUUCCAUUACUACCCAGAGAUUUUCCAGGAGUGUGGGGGACAACCUCAGAAGUGACAGGCAAGGGUGAUGAUCCAGACACUGUCUGGGGCCCCCAGAUGAGCUCGAAGGGGCCUCUGUGGCAGCCUUGACGACGGUCACAGAGUCUAGCAAGAGCGGGACUUGGGGACCAGGGCUGUUCUCCUAGGCCCUCACCAGCUCCAUGUGCUGAUACUUUGCUCCCUACUGCUCUAAACUAGGCUAUAGAUGGGCUCCCUGCUACAAGGUGAGAACCACUAGACUUUGUUGAGGAGAACUUCGUUGGCUCAGUAUCUUUUUUUUUUUUUUUUUUGUGGUGCUGGGAUAAAACCCAGGGCUUAGGUUUGCUGAGAAAGUGUUACCACUGAGCUACAUCCCAGCCCCUCCCUUUUUGGAGGUAUUGGAGAGUGAACUCAGGCUUUUUACACUGAACUACAGCCCCAGCCCUUAAUUUUAUUUUUAUUUUAAGAUGGGUCUCACUAUUUUGCUAAGUUGCCCA